AUGCGGCUCCGCCGGGCGCGCGGCUGGACGUGGCUGGGCCGCGGCUGCGCCCUCCUGGGCCUCCUCUCGGCCGCCGUGCUGGUGCUCGAGCUCUCGCUGUCGGCCCCGGGCGGCGGCGGCGGCACCGCGGGCGGCGGGGGGCGGUCGCGGCGCCUGCCCGGCGCGGCGCGCGAGCCGCUCGACCUGGCGCGGCCCGUGUACGAGAAGCCGCCGGCGGAUCCGCGCGCGCCCGGCGAGUGGGGCAAGGCGGCCCGGCUGCCGCUGAGCGGGCGCGAGCGGAAGCGCGAGGAGGAGCUGCUCGAGAGCUACGCGAUCAACGUGCACCUGAGCGACCGCAUCUCCCUGCACCGGCACAUCGAGGACAACCGCAUGGCCGCGUGCCGGGCCAAGAGCUACAGCUACCGCCGCCUGCCCACCACCUCCGUCGUGAUCGCCUUCUACAACGAGGCGUGGUCCACGCUGCUGCGCACCGUGCACAGCGUCCUCGAGACGUCCCCUUCCGUCCUGCUCAAGGAGAUCAUACUGGUCGACGACUUGAGCGAUAAAGUGUACCUGAAGGCGGAGCUGGAGAAGUACAUCAGCAACCUGAAAAGGGUCCGCCUGAUAAGAACCAACAAGCGGGAGGGCCUGGUCCGCGCGCGCCUCAUCGGCGCUACCUUCGCCACUGGCGACGUCCUGACGUUUCUCGACUGCCACUGCGAGUGCGUGUCCGGCUGGCUGGAGCCGCUGCUCGAGAGGAUCGCCGAGAACGAGACCGUCGUCAUUUGCCCUGUUAUUGACACCAUCGACUGGAACACGUUCGAGUUCUACAUGCAAACCACAGAGCCCAUGAUCGGGGGCUUCGACUGGCGGCUGACGUUUCAGUGGCACUCGGUGCCCAAGCAUGAGCGUCUCAGGCGCAAAUCCGAAACCGACCCCAUCAGGUCCCCGACUAUGGCUGGCGGCUUGUUUGCCGUCAGCAAGAAAUAUUUUGAGUACCUGGGCACGUAUGAUACGGGGAUGGAUGUUUGGGGAGGGGAGAACUUGGAGCUCUCGUUCAGGGUUUGGCAGUGCGGGGGCACGCUGGAGAUCCACCCGUGCUCCCAUGUGGGCCACGUGUUUCCGAAGCGGGCACCAUAUGCUCGACCAAACUUCCUUCAGAACACAGCGCGUGCCGCCGAGGUGUGGAUGGAUGAGUUUAAAGAGCAUUUUUACAACAGAAAUCCUUCGGCGAGGAAAGAAAACUAUGGAGACAUAUCUGAACGGAAGCUGCUAAGAGAGCGUUUGAAGUGUAAGGAUUUUAACUGGUACUUAAAGAACGUGUUUUCGGAGUUGCAUGUACCAGAAGAUCGGCCUGGCUGGCAUGGUGCUAUCCGCAGCAUGGGCAUAUCCUCAGAGUGCCUCGACUAUGCCUUACCAGAACACAAUCCCACUGGGGCUCACCUGUCUCUCUUCGGAUGCCAUGGUCAAGGAGGAAAUCAGUUUUUUGAAUAUACAUCAAAUAAGGAGAUUAGAUUUAACUCUGUAACUGAACUCUGUGCUGAAGUCCCUGAACAGAAGGAUUUCAUCGGUAUGAGGAGCUGCCCAAAAGAUGGAUCUCCUAUUCCACAAAAUAUUAUAUGGCAUUUCAAAAGCGAUGGGACUAUUUAUCAUCCUCAGUCAGGAAAGUGCCUUAGUGCUUAUCGCACGACAGAGGGGCGGCCUGAUGUGCAAAUGAGAACUUGUAAUGCUGCAGAUAAAAACCAAAUUUGGAAGUUUGAGAAAUAAUGUUUACUGCUAGAAGGAAUCAAAUGGACUGCAAUCACCAAGGCUUUUACCUUCAUGGGCAAAGGGCUACAUUUGACUGUGAAUGUCUUCAAAAGUGUCUUCCUUGUAGUGGUGCAGAAACUGUGUCUACUGCUGUGAGCAGUAUGGAAAGCAAAAGCAAUAAUGGGGUUUAGUUUCUAAAACAUUGGGUCCAGAUUUAGGACUUUUUAUUUUUGUAGAGUGCUGAUCCUCAAUUUCUUAUUUUGGGCUGCCUUAAUUACAAAGCCUGUAUGGUGGACUGAACAGUUGUUUCUAUUUUAGUACUAAACCUGCAAGAUUAUCUGCUAUGUAAAUUAAAGGAUAUAUGCCUAGGGAAAUAAAGGUUAAGGCUCUCGCAGCAAUAUUAACCAACCUACUUUGCAGCACCAUUUUAAUAUAUGCAUUUGGUGUGCUAUAUAAUGCCAGGGUAGCAUAUAGGUUGAUUAGACUUGCUUUCUGGAUUCUGGCCUUGGAAUUCUGGUCUUGAAUUUUCAUAUCCUUAAGGAUUUUAGGGUGGCACCUAACUAUGUUUGAAGAAGAAGGGAGUGGUUUUUUUGUUGGUUUGUUUUUGUUUAUUAGUAUAUAUAGUAGAUGGGAAUGGGGAAAUGGUAGAUUUUUGUCUUGGAUGCUUCGUUUUGGCACUUGCAGCCUUGUCCCUGUGCUGGAUGGUGGUCUGGCAAGGGUGACUGGGGAAUCCGUAUACGUUUGGAAAUGAGAACGUAGUAGCACUGGAAACAAGGACAUGCUCCAUGAAGAGAGGAGAAGAAACAUAAGGAUAGUUAGAAGGAAGAGUUCUAUUGAUGAAGAAGCAAAGAGCGCACACGGACUUGCAUGAGUCACUACUGCUUCUUAGAGAUAUAUUUCUUAUUUACAUAGUAUUUGCGUAAGCUUUCCCAUGUUAAGCUGGAAUUCCUAGGGAGCAACUGUACCACGCAUCAAUUUUGCCAGUUCAGAAAAAAAAAAAAAGGUCACCUCUUACAAACACUUGUAUAAAUCCUGAAGUGGCAGCAGAGUGGAGGAGAGAGGCACAAGGGAAAAGUUGGGCUGUUGUAUUUUGCCACACGUGCUGUGUUUUGGCAGCAGCUGGCAGGCCCUGCUCCGUACGUGGUGCUCUGAAAGAGCUGCAGUAUGUGCUGCUGCUUUCCAGUGACAGCAGUGUUGCAGGAGACGUGGAAGUUGGGCUUGCUUAGGUGAGGGGAAUUGAAGCUACAAAAGACAAAUCUUAAGAAACUUUUUCUUUUUUUUUUCUAGUUCUCAGAGGAACUUUUCAUUUUGAGCAUGUGUGGUAUUCUGUUAUUCUGUGUCCUGUUAUGCUGAGCACUAAAGAAUAAUGGUUUCUGAAUUGUGCCACUAGCUCAUUUUCUUGUAUUUGAGUGUGGUUACUGACAGUGAGUGUGAUCAGCAUUUUGUGUACUUGGAAAAAACAUCCUGUGGUAGUGUCCAUGUUUUUGCCCAUAAACAAUUGAGUAGAACAUUUACCUUAAUUUUGCUUUUUUUUAAAUUACUUUCCUUGCUAUAACAGAUGUUUACAGUAGAACAGCAGCAAUAAAGUAAAUGUUGACACUGGACUGGAAGACAGGAACUUGAGCUGGUGAGCAAUGAGAAUGUGGAUAAACACACUCAAGGAAUGUAGUAGAUGCAAGUUUGCUGGAGGCGUUGGUGAGUGUAAGAGUUGAAAGGGAAGCAAGUGGGACCUGAAGUAAGGGCAGGUUUGCCACAAAAAGACAAAGCAAAAGUAAAUUAACAUAUACCUUUGAAUCUGUGUGACUGGAAAGAGUAUAAAGUUUUGGGUGACCACUGACAAGCAAGUUAAAACAGGCUAAAAUAGAAGGGGAGCAUAGGAGAAAAAUUUGCAUGUGGUGAUUGAUAUAGGGCUCAUAAUAAAAGUGCUUGCCACUGUGUGGCAUGGCUUGCUUCAAACCUUGGUAGCUUCUUUUAAAGAGCCUACUUGCAAUUUGAUUUUUUUUUUUCUGAGCUGAUUUUGUGGGGGGAAAGUGGAAUGUGUUUACUGUAUAAGGAAGGCAGAAAAUGAGCUUUUCCUGCUGCGACCAGGAGUUCUUUUGUGGACCAACAAGCUAUGAAUCAUUUAUAAGACGGCCACCCAUUAUGUACUGGGCAGCAAAUUAUACCGAGUCCCUGCUUUUGUGGAAAGCUUGCCGUUAACUGCUAAAUUAGCUAGAAACAGCAGGAAAAGGACACGAGUACUCCUACGUAGCAGAGGCAUUGCUGUAUAUGCAGUGCAUGCUUCCUCGGAUGAAAGUAACUGAUCAGUGUGACUAUUGACUAUGCAACUUUUUAAUACAGUUUUAACUUUUAUUAAAGACUUGGUGAAAGUGGUGUUUUCUAUGGAGAGUUACUUACAUGCUAUGUAUGACAUUCAAAGUGCUGUUAGAGCCAAAAAAAAAAAAAAAUCUAGGUGAACCAGUCUCUUGAAUUUUGAAGCCCUAUUCUCUUUUCAUAUGUCUGAAUCCUUCCUCCUCUCCACCUCAUUCCAUUAUAUUUAUGGUUGUUUUAAAAUAUCAAAGUGAAAAGGAAUGUGUGAAUCAAAAGUAAAUGAUCUGGCCCUAAAAAAGUAUUGUUACUUAAACAAUAUUACUUAAUAUUUACU